GACGCCGGGCGGGCGGAGCGGAGCGGCGGUAUGACCGUGAGUGACCUCGCAGCGCCGUGGGAGCGGGGCUGAGCGGAGCUGGGAAGGGAAGGCAGCGAGCAAUGGAGGGCAAAGCCCCAGCCCAGCCCCGGACCGACGCCGCUGCAGCCGCCGCCCAGCCGCGCAGCAACGGGCUGCAGAACGGCUUCCACUCCGGCAGUAGUGGAGGCAGUGGAGGCGGCAGCAGCAGCAGCUUCCACACCAGCAGUGGCGGCUUGCAGCACGAACACGGCUCCCCCGCUAAGAAAUGUCGCAUCCGGAGGAGGCUGGAUUCCGGCAAGAAAAACAGACCGCCAUUCCCUUGGUUUGGAAUGGAUAUUGGUGGAACUCUUGUCAAACUUGUAUAUUUUGAGCCAAAAGACAUCACAACUGAAGAAGAGCAGGAGGAGGUGGAGAAUCUGAAGAGCAUUAGGAAGUAUCUAACAUCUAACGUAGCCUAUGGAAAUACAGGGAUUCGCGACGUGCACCUGGAGCUGACCAAUCUGCUCAUGUGUGGACGCAAAGGGAACUUGCAUUUCAUCCGCUUUCCAACACAUUCCAUGCCCAAGUUCAUCCAAAUGGGCAGAGACAAAAACUUUUCCAGUUUACACACUACUAUGUGUGCCACAGGAGGCGGGGCCUACAAAUUCGAGGAUGACUUCAGAAAGAUGGCUGAUUUGCAGCUUCUCAAACUGGAUGAAUUGGACUGUUUGAUCCAAGGUCUGCUCUACAUUGACUCCGUUGGAUACAAUGGUCUGUCUGAGUGCUACUACUUUGAAAAAUCCACUGACUUUGAGCAGUGCCAGAAAAAGCCAUACUGCUUGGAUAACCCUUACCCUAUGCUGCUGGUCAACAUAGGCUCAGGAGUCAGUGUCUUGGCUCUUUAUUCCAAAGAUAAUUACAAAAGGGUAACUGGAACCAGUCUUGGCGGAGGGACUUUCCUUGGCCUAUGUUGUCUGCUUACUGGAUGUGAGACCUUUGAAGAAGCUUUGGAGAUGGCAGCAAAAGGAGACAGCACCAACGUGGAUAAAUUAGUUAAAGAUAUCUAUGGAGGGGAUUAUGAACGGUUUGGUCUACUGGGAUGUGCAGUAGCAUCCAGCUUUGGACACAUGAUGAGUAAGGAGAAGCGAGAUUCCAUUAGUAAGGAAGACCUGGCCAGAGCAACACUGGUCACUAUCACAAACAACAUUGGAUCAAUAGCUCGCAUGUGUGCACUGAAUGAGAAUAUCAACAGAGUGGUAUUUGUUGGAAAUUUCUUGAGAGUUAAUAUGGUCUCAAUGAAGUUACUCGCCUAUGCAAUGGAUUAUUGGUCGAAUGGGCAACUGAAAGCCUUGUUCUUGGAACAUGAGGGUUAUUUUGGAGCAGUCGGGGCAUUGCUGGAAUUGCUGAAGAUGACCGAUGUCCACUGAGCUGCUGCCUCGACCAUCACUAUCACCAAAACGUGCGAGUCUUCUAGAAAACCUGGGUCUGAAAAUUAGUGACAAAAUGAGUUCCUCUCACCAAACAAUUAACUUCUAAUUUUCUCACACAUUUUUACAGUGGUCCUGUUCUGCUGCACUGAGGCUCGUUUCAAAGGGAUGUUAAAUAACCCGGUUGGUGUAAAUUCUGAAGCUAUUUUAAACUGUGCAAGAUAGCCAAAGCCCACUGGUUUUAUGUAUUAAUAUUUUUAAAUGAUUUCUGUAUAAAUGUGCACUGAUAAUUUUUUUUUUUCUGGGAUGUACUGCCUUGUGAAGGAUCAAAAUUAUAAUUGUUUAAAUAUUAUUUAUAAACAGCCAUGGAUAUUUGAAUUAUUUUGCAUCGUAUUUCAAAUGUUUUCCUUAAUUUCAAAUGAAACCGCAAAACUGGAAAUUAACCUGUUAAAGUUGCAGAUCAUUAAUUUUUUGGCCUUUAUAUAAUGCUCCAACAUAAGAAUUUAUGAAGGAUGACCUUUCUUUGAACACACACUUUGGUGACCAUUGACUGAUAUGCCAGUACAAUGACCAUCUUCGAAAGCCAGUUCUUUCUUGAUGUGGCCAUAUUAUGGAUUAAAUUGCUUAUCUGGAUACAACAAUAUAUUUUGUAAAAACACUUUUGAUCAUGCGAGUGAAAAAACUUUCCCACAAAUGUGAAACUGCUUCAAUAAUUGUGCUAUUUUUGAAGAAAAUAAUUCUUUAAAAGACUGUGUGAUUGCAUUUUCUUCAAACUAAAUCAUUGAACUGUGAUUGUUCAUUAUCUAUUAGGGUAAGACUUUUUUGAAACAAUUCUAUCAUUGUGGUAGAUAUUUUUUUGGAUUGGUACUCGUAAAUAUUUAAAGUGUGGGAUAUAUCUGAUUGUUUAAUUUAAUGACAGGAAAGGUACGGAAAGUUGCCAGUAUUGGAUUUUAUGUGUUAAAUAUGAACAUAUCUGUGGAAUGGAUUCCAUGAUUAUUUAAAAUCACGUUCCUAAAACAAUCGCUUAUGUUGAGGACUUUAAAAAUAAAAUGAACACUAGCAAAAAAA